UGCUGUCACCUUCGACUCGUAACCGGAAGCUCCAUAGCUCAACAUGACAGCGCCCAGCGGUCCCACGGAGCCGGCUCGGGUCUGCGGCUGGCCACACAGGACCUUACUGUAGCUCAGACUGACAUGGGACUCACUAACUAUCACCAGCUGGUUUGAUUCUGGAGGCCAUCUUCCUGCCUAAGUAGUCCUGGCUGGUCUGGAACUUGCUAUGCCUAUAUAGAUCAUCUCACCUCAAACUCAGAGGUCUGCCAGCCUGGGUCUCCCAAGUGCUGAGAUUACAGGUGUGGUUGAAUCUACAGAGACAUGAGCUGGGUGCAGGUCAACUUGCUGGUGCGAAGCCUCUCUAGGGGCUGGGGAGGCCUCUGCAGGUCUGCCCUCUCAGGAACUCCCUUUGCUCAGACAUCUCAUAGCUCUGACAUCACCAACAUCUUGAGGUCUACUCAGCAACCCAAGCUUCACUCUCACAGAUUGAUGCAGUGGUAUCCUGGGACCUCCUACCUUCCUGCCUUCAGAGCCAGUACCAUACAACACUGCCAGGUGUCCCUCCAGGCUCUACGAGGCCUCCACUGUAGUGCAGCUACACACAAGGAUGAGGCAUGGUUGGUUCCUCGACCCCCGGAGCCCCAGAGGAAGCCCAUCAAGGUUCCAUCAAUGCAUGAAGACCUGUUCAAGCCAUCAGGAAAUGGGGAGCAGGACAAGGCAAGCUUCCUGAAUGCAGUGCGCAGCUUUGGGGCGCACAAUGUGCGCAAGCGCGGCCACGUGGACUUCAUCUACCUAGCACUGCGCAAGAUGCCAGAGUUUGGUGUGGAGCGGGACUUGUCAGUAUACAACCUGCUGCUGGAUGUUUUCCCCAAGGAGGUCUUCCGGCCCCGCAACGUUAUCCAGCGCAUCUUCGUCCACUACCCACGGCAGCAGGAAUGUGGGGUCGCAGUCCUGGAGCAGAUGGAAAGACACGGGGUCAUGCCCAGCGCAGAGACGGAGUUCCUACUGAUUCAGAUAUUCGGGCGCAAAAGUUACCCCAUGCUCAAGUUCCUGCGGAUGAAGCUGUGGUUCACCCGAUUCAAGAAUAUCAACCCCUACCCAGUGCCCCGAGAUCUUCCCCAGGACCCUUUGGACCUGGCCAAGCUAGGCCUGCGACACAUGGAGCCUGACCUCAGUGCUAAGGUCACUGUCUACCAGAUGUCUUUGCCCACUGACUCGACAGGCAUGGAAGAUCCCACACAGCCUCACAUUGUAGGAAUCCAGAGUCCAGAUCAGCAAGCUGCCCUGGCCCGCCACAACCCAUCCAGGCCUGUUUUUGUUGAGGGCCCCUUCCCUCUUUGGCUUCGUAAUAAGUGUGUCUACUAUCACAUCCUAAGAGCUGACCUGCCACCUCCUGAGGAAGAGAAAGUAGAGGAGAUCCCAGAAGAAUGGGAGCUGUACUACCCACAGAAGCUGGACCUGGAAUAUUCAAGGAGUGGUUGGGACGACUAUGAGUUUGAUGUGGAUGAAGUGACAGAAGGUCCCGUCUUCGCCAUGUGCAUGGCUGGUGGCCAUGACCAGGCAACAUUGAUCAAGUGGAUCCAAGGCUUGCAGGAGACCAACCCAACCCUGGCACAGAUCCCGGUGGUAUUCCGCCUGGCCAGGUCCACGCGGGAGCUCCUGACAACCUCAAGGCUGGAGGGACAGUCCCCUCCCCACAGUUCUCCCAAGGGGCCGGAGGAAGAGGAUGAGGCCAUUCAGGUAGAGCAGCAGCAGGGGCAAAAUUGAGUCAAACAGAGCUGGCAUGAGGAGAAAAGACUGGACUGGUAUGAAAUAAUAUGGAGAAAAUAACAAAAUCAAAACCUCUUCCCUGGACCUGUGGCUUCCCUUCAUAUGUUCGGCAUGGGUUCUUUUGGGUUUACCACCUUGGGACCCUCCUUUUUAAAACUUGUCUUUUUAAAAAUUCCAUUUAUAGCCGGG